AUGUCUCAAUUUUCGAACCCGACAGAUCCAAGAGAGUGGAAGACCAUGGCAGCAAACAACUUCGUGACCACUGCCCAACCUGUUCUGCAAACGCUGCAGCAGGGUCUGGAUGACGCUGUCCAGGCGUGGAGGGUGGAGGGGCUACUGUCGUGGCCGACCGUGUAUCUCGUUGCCACGGCUGUCGUGACAUAUUGGGCCUGCUUGGUAGGACAUCGAUUAUUUUUGCAUCCGUUGGCCGGCAUCCCCGGUCCCAAGUUCGCGGCCUUGACAUACUGGUAUGAGAUUUACUAUGACGUCUGGCUGGGCGGCCAGUACUUUCGCAAGGUCAAGCAAAUGCAUGAGAGAUAUGGCCCUAUUGUGCGAAUCAACCCCGACGAGGUGCACUUCAACGACCCCGACUUUAUCGAGCCGCUCUACCCCAGCGCCAAGCGCAAGACGAACAAGUCUGUCAUGACUGGUCGCCGCACUGGAACGCCCAACUCCCUCGCCGGCACCGCCGACCACGACACCCACCGCCUCCGCCGCGGCACCAUCUCCGGAUUCUUCUCCACGGCCAGCAUCCGCCGCCUCGAGCCCAUCAUGAAGGCCGACCUGCGCAAGCUGCUCGCCCGCAUGCACGAGGCCGGCGAGACAGGCGAGAUUCUCAAGUUCCACAUCGUCCUCAAGGCGUGCGCCUGCGACAUCGUCACCCAGUACGCCUUUGGCACCUCAUUCAACUUUUUGGGGGAGAAGGACUUUGCCGCGCCGUACAUCGAGGCCACCGACGUCUUCCACUUCUUCAACCACGCCAUGUGCCACUUCCCCAUCGUCGGCUACCUUCUGGGCGCGUCGCCGGACUGGCUCAUCAAGGCCGUGUUCCCGGGUCUGACGGAGAUGUGGAACAAGAAGACGAUGUGGUACGACGAGGUCGAAAAGAUCCGCAACUCGCCCAACCCGGAGCGCAUCAAGAGCACCAUCUUCGAGGGCGUCCUCUCCAGCCGCCUGCCCGACGAAGAAAAGACCAGCGCGCGCCUCGCCCACGAGGCGCAGCUCGUCGUCUUCGCCGGCCAGGGCACCACCGCCUACACCCUCAGCGCCGCCAUCUACCAGCUCCUCGCGCACCCCGCCGAGCUCGCCAAGGUCAAGCGGGAGCUCGCCGACGCCCUCGCCGGCCUCGCCGCCGACGAGGUGCCCGCCUACUCGCAGGUCGAGACCCUUCCGUACCUGCAGGCGGCCAUCCAGGAGACUCUGCGGCUGCACCCGGGCGUCGUCGCCCGCCUGCCGCGCGUGUCCCCGACGGAGCCGGUGGUCUACCAGGACAAGAAGAGCGGAAGCGAGUACGUGAUCCCGGCGGGCACCACGUACAGUAUGACGGCGCAGAUCGCGCACACCAACGAGGCCGUCUUCGCCGACCCGGACAGCUUCAUCCCCCAGCGGUGGAUCGACAACCCGCGACUCGACCGCGCCUUCAUCGGCUUCGCAAGGGGCACGCGCAAUUGCAUCGGUAUGAACUUUGCCAAGCAGGAGCUGUCUAUCAUCCUGGCUACCAUCCUGCACAAGUACGACUUAUACCGCGGCCAGGACGGUCCCACGCUAGAGCUCUACGAUACGACCCGCGAGCGGGACAUUGAUUGUGUCCGUGACAUGAUCAUUCCCUUUCCCGCGGCUGGCAGCCCUGGCCUUCGGCUCAAGAUCCGAAACUAG